AGUGCACAUUCAGCCUAAAUAUGGAUUCUCCCACCACUUCUAAUCCAUGAGCGUUUCCCACGUUCAUCCACUAAAUCCCCUCAACUCUUUAUUUUCACUUUCGGUAAAAUCUGCCGUCGGCUGACGUGCGCAUGUACGUUGCCUUGUUCUCUGAGGAAGGUGGAGCGGGACGCACUUCCCCCGAACUGGUGGCGCAACAUUUCCAGUCACAGCUCUCCAUAACAGGAAGCCUGAGAGAAGAAGCGGCCUCACUGUGUUCACCUCCCUGUGGGAUGGACCGGACCAGACUGCGCUGCUUUCGAUGGAAAUCAGUCGUUUCAGCAUGGAGGUGAAGAGGAGAGUUGGCGAUAGGAUGUCCGUCGUCCUGCUUCUUGCAGGAUAUCUCGCCUCUACAGUCGCUUUCCCUGGGGUCAAUUCAAUAGAACAGAAUCUGGACUGCACCAACGACUACAUCAAUUUGAUGUUUUGCGAGUUUGAAGCGCAGAACUGCGCUGAGUUCAAUAUGACUCUCCAGAACAACAGCGGAUAUGAGGACAAGCAUUGUAUUUUCAAGCUGUGUGACAGUGGACGGUGUUGUUGCCGCAUCGAAAUGAUUCUUGUUACUGGGGAAACUCAUACUGCGAUUGUGAGGAAAGGAGGUGAAACCGUGGCCUCCAAACUCAUCAGAGUCAGAGAGAGCGUAAAGCCCAUAGCGCCGACAAUCACCUCAGCGAAAGAAUCCAACGGGAAUUUUCAAGUCAUGUGGAGGACGAACAUGAAGCCCAGUAUUAGUGACAGCUUGACUUUCAACGUGACCUAUCGGAAAAAAGGAGACACGGAGAAGGCAGGAACAGCAUCAGAGGAAUCUGAAUUUGUCCAACCGACUACAUAUGAAGGAUUGAAUUACUAUGAAAUACUCGGUCGACACUUGGAGCCAAGCACCACGUACAUGGUCAGCGUGAAAAGCUACUCAUACUGGAGCGGCCGCUUCAGUGACAGCAGCAACGAGGUGGAAUUCAUAACCCCUGCCUCCCCUCGCAGCCUGAUCUCAGCCGUCAUCAUCAGCCUCAGUAUUGCUGCAGUCAUCCUCAGCGGUGCUAUAUACGGCUGUUAUGUAAAGCUCAAAGAAAAGUGGUGGGACACAGUUGCCGAAUGUCCAAAUCCCAAACUUCUUAAUAUGCAUCCAAGUGAGCAAGAGGUCUUGAAGCCUGUGCCACCUGUCAUCUCCUCGAUGUGUGUUGAGCCCCUUGAUCCAGAGGACAGCAAACCAUGGUCGAAGGCGUCACUGACGGACUCGAGCAGUGGGAGUGUUCGGCAAAGCAGUGGAAUCAGCACUGGCUCCUCUUGUCUCAGUUAUGCUAACACAGAACCUCCUAACAUCAUAGCCAGCGUUCAGGAUGCUGCUGGUAAAGCCUUGGCCAUUAUAAGCCCGGUAUCACCUGUGACCACAAACCCACUCACAGAAAUGAACAACGUCAGUGGUUUAUUCUGUGCUCCGUACAAAUUCUGUGGUGUCAGAGCUGAUGGCAUGAGCUCUGGAUCAUCUGGCAUCAUCAACAAAACAUAUUCCAUCCUCGUUCCCAGUUUCCCAGAUCAAAUCAUGGUCCAGACGCAGCCUGAAAUGCUUUGCGACUCUGCAUACCGCCCCAGUGAGGGUGACAUUGUGAUCUGUGCUGACCAACAGGCACCAGCUUGUCCACUUGUUGCUUCACCACCAGUGGUUUCAUCUCUAAUGCCAACAGACAUGUCCUAUCAGCAGUGUAACGCAGAUUCUGGGAGGUUUUCAUAUGCAGAAGACUCCAGUUUGUCUUCCAUGUCUAGUGGCACAAACACUCUUGCAUCAUGUGAUCCUGUGUCCAGAGUUGAGGCCACAGAGCUACAUGUCAUAACUGGAGAGACCACAGUCUGCGAUGAAAAUCCCUGCUACGGCUGUGUGCCUGCAGGCUCACACAGCUUCCCUCCAGUGGAUGACGACUACCAGGCAUUUCAGAGUCUAGUUGAGCAGCCUGAUGUUUUGCUUUCGGAGAGGAGUAGUGGUGAGGAAGAGGAACAUUCGAGCAAAUAUCCAGAGGGAUCAUUCACCAAGAUGCCCCACCCCUUUUUCAGCCCGGUCGUUCCAGGUUUCACCAACAAUGUCCAGGGUGGCCAAACACCUUUUGCCUCUCUGAUCUCUGCUCAUCUGUCUAUGCCAGUGAUCACAGACAGUGGCUAUCAGAGUGUGUAGCUGACUUUUUAAUGCAUUCUGUAUUUGUGCAAUUGGUUUGCUCCUGCAGAUUAGGAACAUGUAGAAGAUGAAGGAGAGGAAGAGGAUGAUACGGCAGAUGGUGUUCAUAUCUGACUUGAGCUUGGACUUGGAAUCGAUCUCACCUCGAGGUCCAUUUAGUAGCUGUUCCCGAUCUCUCAAUCAUACCACAUGAUCUUUAUCUACAGAUGGAGUUUGUCAUGUCAUCAUGGAAAUGUAUGGACGCCCAGAUGAUUGAACGCUCCAGACCAGUUAUGAAUGCUUAAUGAAUUGAGUUGACUUUGUUUUCUCUACUGGGACAUGACUUUUUAAAGCUUUUUGUUUGCAGCAGUGAUUCAAAGAAACCACAUCUUUGCACGUGAAGAACUGUUAAUUUGUACAUACUUUGCAACUGUAUAUGACUGCCUUUGAUGUGAAACACCCACGUUUGUACAUAGAAACCUCCAAGUAAAGUUGGCCACAAAUGCUUGAGAUAAACAGCUGCAGUCAGCUCAUGUAUCAUGUGUCAAUUAAGGUCAUUUGUUUGCUGCAUUAAAAUAGACAUAGCUCAUGGAAGUGUAUUCCUUAAGUGUUGUAUACAGCUGAGAGGAACACACUGUUUGUGUCCAAUCAUCCAGUCUUCGUACUGUUCGUACGACGUCAGUGAAAGAGUUAACGGCAGAGCCGUUCUGGUAGGUAAGCCAAAUGCUGUGUCUGAAACAAGCCACAACAAUCAGCUGUUGUGAAACUACUUCCUUAAAGCUCUUCUCUGGAACUGCUGAGCCACUUCCACAGAAACACACAUUAGCCUCGCACAGCAGGCUACACUCACCACAGCAAUGACACUGUGUCUGAAAGGAACUGGCAUAGUUACAUUAUAAACAUGUUGGGAGUGGUGGUGCCCUAGAAGAAGUGAAAUAAAUGCUACUAUUGAGGCACAUUUCUUUGGUGUUAAAUAGUUCAAAUAAAAGUUAUUUGCAUUGUGGCCUGUGGAUUAUCCUGACUUGUGCCUCCUUCAGAGAGACAUUGCUGCUGGGGUUUUAUUGUUGUGAGCAGUUUCCAUUUACUUCACUGGUAUUUGGAUAAAUUGACCCCGAGUAGUAGAGUAGCGGUUGUGUGUGUGUCUAUGAUUUUAAAUGAAUAAAAUAAUUGUUUUGAUUCGA